CCUUAUGGAUCCUUCUGAUGUGCACUUGGAAAGCUCUUCUGUGUUGGCCUGGCCUUUUAUCUGCUUAGUCUUCAGAUGCUUCUAUUUUAUCUAUUUCUGAACUUCCAGAGCUCCAGAAAGCCUUCAGCCCAAUUUAAUAUGGAAUAAAGCAAAAAAGCAUGGUUUGAUUCCAGACCAAGUCGGUCAGGCAACAGUUAGAUAAGUAUAAUUAGACUUGUAAUUGGAAUGCGUAGUAGACAAUUAGUUUUUGUAAAUGUGUGUAAUUUAAUCCCAAGUAAAGGGUCAGGAGGACCUUGCUGUGAACGAGGUUAAGGAGUAACAUGUAUAAUUUCCAGGCCUUCUGAUGCUCAUGUCUGACACAGCUGGAGAAGAGCAUGUCCAUCUUUCCAAUGGCAGCACAAAAUCCACCCUCCACGAGAGCUCUGGAAUGCUGUGAAGACUCCCAGCCCAGGCACACUCCUCUCCGGAUUAUCUCCAUCCCAAGGAAGCUCGUAUCCAAGAGAGUUCCCGGUCUUCCAGCAUGAAUCCUGUUUACAGCCCCGUCCAACCUGGGGCUCCCUAUGGAAACCCGAAGAACAUGGCCUAUACAGGUUAUCCAACAGGCUAUCCCACUGCUGCCCCAGCCUACAAUCCCAACAUGUAUCCAACCAGCAGCCCCGGCUACGCCCCAGCCACACUUCUGAUGAAGCAGGCCUGGCCCCAGACCUCCUCGUCCUGUGCCACCGAGGGCACCUUCCACCUCCCGGUGGACACUGGCACGGAGAACAGAACCUACCAGGCUUCUUCUGCAGCAUUCAGGUACACUGCGGGGACUCCCUACAAGGUGCCACCAACCCAGAGUAACAACGCCCCUCCUCCCUACUCGCCCUCUCCGAACCCGUACCAGACCGCGAUGUACCCCAUCAGAAGUGCCUACCCACAGCAGAACCUGUACACCCAGGGAGCUUAUUACACCCAGCCCGUGUACGCGGCCCAGCCCCACGUCAUCCACCACACCACGGUGGUGCAGCCCAACAGCAUCCCCUCGGCCAUCUACCCCGCGCCCGUGGCCGCGCCCCGCACCAACGGCGUGGCCAUGGGCAUGGUGGCUGGCACCACCAUGGCCAUGUCAGCAGGAACCUUGUUGACCACCCCCCAACACACCGCCAUCGGAGCACAUCCAGUGUCCGUGCCAACGUACAGGGCUCAAGGAACCCCCACCUACAGCUACGUACCUCCACACUGGUAAACCACUGGCCAAUCCAUAUCCAGAGUCAAACAUUGUAUGCAACUACACAAGUCUUACAUCGGUGCUGCGGCCGCUGGGCUGCAGCGCCUCGUCUGUUUGCAAGAACAAA